UCUGUGGAGGAGCAGGGCAGGAAAGACAGCGAACUACCUGUGAGUUGGGAAGGCCUUAUCCUUACACUGUUAAGAACUUGGAGCCUCGCACGGAGGAUAAAAGGAAGCGAGAUCGAGACCAUGUGGAGAAUGAGGCAGAAAAAGACCUCCAGUGUCACACCCCCAUCAGAUUAGAAUUACCACCUGAGAAGCCUUUUACAAGCUCAAUAGCCAAACAAGAAGAAGUAGAACAGACACCUCUUCAAGAAGCUUUGAAUCAGCUAAUGAGACAAUUGCAGAGAAAAGACCCAAGUGCUUUCUUUUCAUUUCCUGUGACUGAUUUUAUUGCUCCUGGCUACUCCAUGAUUAUUAAACAUCCAAUGGAUUUUAGUACCAUGAAAGAAAAGAUCAAGAACAAUGACUACCAAUCCAUAGAAGAACUAAAGGAUAACUUCAAACUAAUGUGUACUAAUGCCAUGAUUUACAACAAACCAGAGACCAUUUAUUAUAAAGCGGCAAAAAAGCUGUUGCACUCAGGGAUGAAAAUUCUUAGCCAGGAAAGAAUUCAAAGUCUAAAGCAGAGCAUAGACUUCAUGGCAGACUUACAGAAAACUCGAAAGCAGAAAGAUAGAACAGAUACCUCGCAAAGUGGAGAGGACAGCAGCUGCUGGCCACGAGAGAGGGAAGACUCUGGUGAUGCUGAAGCACAGGCUUUGAAGAGUUCCAACCAGGACAAUAAAAAAAAAGACAAAGAUGUGCUUGAGGAUAAAUGGAAGAACAGCAACUCAGAAAGGGAGCAAGAACAGAUUGACCGUGCCGUGCAGGAGUCUGGGGGAAAGCUGACCCGGCGGCUGGCUAACAGUCAGUGUGAAUUUGAAAGAAGAAAACCAGAUGGAACAACAACAUUGGGACUUCUCCAUCCUGUGGAUCCCAUUGUAGGAGAACCAGGCUACUGCCCUGUGAGACUGGGAAUGACAACUGGAAGACUUCAGUCUGGAGUGAAUACCUUGCAGGGGUUCAAAGAGGAUAAAAGGAACAAAGUAACCCCAGUAUUAUACUUGAAUUAUGGACCCUACAGUUCUUACGCUCCACAUUAUGACUCUACAUUUGCAAAUAUUAGCAAGGAUGAUUCUGAUCUAAUUUAUUCAACCUACGGGGAAGAUUCUGGCCUUCCAAGUGAUUUUAGCAUCCAGGAGUUUUUGGCCACAUGCCAAGAUUAUCCAUACGUUAUGGCAGAUAGUUUGUUGGAUGUUUUAACAAAAGGAGGGCAUUCUAGGACCCUGCAGGAGUUGGAAACGUCAUCACCUGAAGAUGAAGGCCAGUCUAGCACCUGUGAUACAGCUAAAGAAAUGGAGAUUACAGAAGUAGAACCAGCAGGGCGUUUGGACUCUAGCACCCAAGACAGACUCACAGCACUGAAAGCAGUAACAAACUUUGGUGCUCCCAUUGAAGUAUUUGACUCUGAAGAGGCUGAAGUGUUCCAGAGGAAACUUGACGAGACCACCAGGUUGCUCAGGGAGCUCCAGGAUGCGCAGAAUGAGCGGCUGAGCACCAGGCCCCCUCCCAACAUGAUCUGUCUCUUGGGUCCCUCGUACAGAGAGAUGCACCUUGCUGAACAAGUGACUAAUAACCUUAAAGAACUUGCACAGCAAGUGACUCCAGGUGAUAUCGUGAGCAUGUAUGGAGUUCGAAAAGCAAUGGGGAUUUCCAUUCCUUCCCCGGUCGUGCCACACAACCUCAUAGAUUUGACAGAAGAGCUUGAAGACCCUAAGAAGGCUGAUGUUGCUGAGUGAGGACCUGAUGGGAGCUCAAGCUUGCUGGUAUUUGAUUAUAUAUUAUGUACAUAUUUUCUUCAUUCCAAAUUUGGAAAUGCCUUUCAGAAGAUAUUAACUAUUCAUAAAUUGUGUUUUUAAUUAAACUUUGGAACAGUUAAUUUUAUAUGUUCCAGAGAUUGGACUUGUAUUAGGUAAUAAAGCUGAACCUGGAACUCCGAA